CGGAGUAUGUUCUAAACCGUGUAGAUAUUUUAUUCUGAUAGACUUUAAAUAAAUAUUGACUAUAGAAUUGAAAAUGUUCCCAUGCAAACUUCUUUUUUUUUUACCACUUUUAUUCUUUUUUUAAAGUCAUUUUAUUACCAAUUUAACGUUAUUUCUGCAGAAGAGUGAUUAUUAUAAACAUGGCAACUCGCACUGAGAGGCGCUCAAGAAGUCCCGCCUCUUCCGGUACCGCCACUUCCUGGAGACGGAAGCGUUUAUUUUCAUAGGGAAAAUGGCGGCUUCUGAAUCGAACCGCGUUGUGGAUGUGGGCGAGGCUGCGUCUACUGAGAAACAGGGACCGGAUGUUGGUUUCUGGGCCGGACUCGGGCCCAUAGUGAAGCGAGAGCCGGUGGUUAAGCUCCUGAGUCCAGUGAGCGGGUUGGAGGCUUUGACGUGGUCGGAGGAUCACCGACUCGCCGUGUCCACUGUUAACAGUGUUUCUAUCAUGGAGCUGGUGUGUGAUCAGCACACACACAGCCAGGGUUUAGUGCUUCACCGCACUCACAUCCCGGUACCGGAGUCCGUGUGUGAACUGAAGGUGGGCCCGGAGGACAAAGUGCAAUCGGCGAAACAAAAUUUUGAGAACUCUGAUGACCCUUCAGUAAGGCAGGUUUUUCUGCUGGACAGAAUUAUGAAUCCCCAGGGCGGGGCUCUGCGUGGCAUGAAGUACACCAGCUGGUCGCCGCUCGGCUGCGAUGUGAACGGGCGAUGCAUUCUGGCUUGCCUGACUCUAGACUGCCGCUUGACCAUUCACAGUGGCCACAAGCGACUGCAAUGGACUCAGCUUCUGAACCUCACGGAGCUUUAUGGUGACAUGCUAAAAUCGAGAAACUACUCGAAUGCUAAUGCCUCUGAACCCUCGCUGGAAGACCUGGAGGAUCUUGAGGUGCUUCAGAGUAGGUAUCAGAUGCAGACACCUGUGCGCAUGGAGUGGUCCAGCCUGUGCAACACGCAUCAAAUCCAGAGCAACAACGAGUGCAAGGAUGUCGGGACGGUCCUCCUGGCUGUGCUGAUGGAAAACGGGGACUUGGUGGUAUGGCAGUUCCGCCUGCCUGUACAAGGAAAGGAAUCGGUUGUCUCUUGCAACACAAUCAAAUCGGGAGUGUCGUCACCGAGUGUUUUAGCCUGGUGGGAGUACGAGCAUGGUGGACGCAAGAUGAGCGGCCUGAUCGUGGGCAGCACAGUGGGACCUGUUAAAAUAUUGCCUGUGAAUUUGAAGGCAGUGAAGGGAUACUUUACUCUCAGACAGCCAGUGGUGCUGUGGCAAGACAGCGAUAACAUCCCAGUGAACGACGUCAAGUGCAUCGCACUCUUCCACCCGCAGCAGAAGUGUAACUGUAGCUUGGUUGUUGCAGCGCGAGGCCCAUAUGUUUUCUGGUGCUUGUUGCUCAUCUCCAAAGCGGGUCUAAACGUGCACAACUCUCAUGUUACUGGCCUUCACUCAGCACCAAUUACAUCCUUAAGUGCCACACACAGCGGAAGCUCAGUCUUCACCUGCUCACUGGAUGGCACAGUCAAAAAGUUGAUGCCGGUCUUUACUGACUCUGCGAUCCUCUUUAAGCAACAGGAGGUGGAGCUUCCCGAAGGUGUUCGUGGUUGCCGCAUCCAUGGUAUCGCCACCAGCCCAAAUGGUGCCUACCUAGCUCUGGCCACCACAGAAGGCAUGAUCAAUGGGUUGCACCCAGUUGUCUGCACCAACCUGGUGCAGUUCAUCACACUCAUGACGCCAGACAAAGCAGGGGCAGAGCUUCUUGAAUCACAAACGCAAAGCCUGUACAAGCAGACUGACCUGCUGGAUCUGGUACGAUGGCGUGUAAUGCAUGACAAACAGAUUCCUCAAUUCCUCCAAGACGAACUAGAUGAAAAGACACCCACAUCAAACUCGACGUACCUUUGGAGACUCAAGCUCUUCCUCUUGCGUGUCCUCCACCAGUCCUUACAGAAGGUGCCAGUGGAGGCACGCUGGAGGCCCACCCAUGAAGACAGCAAAGCUUUUCUGCCCGACGAGGUGGAGGGAGACACCGUGGACGAGAGCACGGUGGCCGACACCUCUGAGAUGAACGAGUCCAAACCGAAGGAAGCUGAAGUAGAGCCAGAUGAGGAGCGAAUGAGCGAAAUUACAGCAUGGAUUGAGGAGGUGGAAUCGCACCUGACACGUGAGCACAUGAAGAGGGUGCUAGGAGAGGUCUACAUGCACACCCUCAUCACAGAGAAUACGUGCAUCCCCACUAAAGGGAUCUGUGACUUCCUGUCCAACGAUCCUACUAACGAAGAUCGAGCUGCCAAGGUUCUGAUUGGUCACAUAAUGAAGAAAAUGAACAAGCAGACAUUUCCCGAGUAUUGCAGCUUGUGUAAAGAGGUUCUACCCUUUACUGACCGCAAGCAGGCUGUGUGCAGUAGCGGACACAUAUGGCUCAGGUGUGUGCGGUCAUAUCAGGUCUGUCAGAGUGUGACGUACCGUCGCUGUCUGCUGCAGGACAGCAUCGCUUCAGUGCCACAGCCUGAGGAUCCAGACUGGGUGAAGAAGAUCUUACAGGGACCGUGUACAUUCUGUGACUCGCCGCUGCUUUGACACGCACAACGUAGCAACGCUGCAAGCUGCUGAUACAUACCCGAAACCUUUGAAACUGGAUGAAUGAAUUGUGUAAUAUUUUUUUUCCCUCUUUUCUGAAGGUUUGUUUUGUCUAGAGCUUAGGAUUGUUUUCAGUCUGUGAUGCCGAGGUCAGUUGUGUGUACAAAUAGAAAUGGUGGGAAAACCGCCUCCACCUAAGACACCUAUCCCUCUUUUUUUUUUUUUUUUUUUUUUUUUUAAAUCUGCUGAACACUUUCUGUUUGAGACUUAUGCUGCUACGAUUCCGUUUUACCACAACUUUCUUUCAGCCUUUUGGUGUGGUUUCGCUUCUUAAUUGGCUUUCGGAAACAUCUCCAUCGUCAGCGUUCUCCGUCUUCACAUGAGAACUUUACACAGGCUGCUAGAGGAGAGAUUAAAGCCUGCGAGAAACAAAUCUGCAGCCAGAGACAGAGGCAAAAGUGUUUUAAGAGUGCGUUUCGGUGCUUCCCAAGGGAUACGCCUCUAAUGAGAUACCAGAGUAAUGAGGUGCGGAUUCCAGCCACAGAUGUGAUUCUGAUUUUAAUUAAGAAGAGGCGGGGUUAGAGUGCAUAUUGUUAAAUAUAGUUAACCCUCUUUUCAUGGGCCAUGGGGAAAUAAAUACGGAAGCCGUACAGUUUGACACAAGAUCCGCCUACAUAUUCCUCCCUAUAUUUCUACCACUGGGUCAGAGCCAUGAGAUGAAAAAUGGUGUAUCAGCACUGUCUUGUUCACUCUUGUCCCCUAUAACAGCUACUGGUCCCCCAGAAUGCUGGGGUCAUUGGAGCGUAUCACUUGCCCCUGGGGCUUGAAGUAAAAGCGCUUUAGAUUUGUAAAAAGACGCCGGUGUCAUUGCUGACAGUACAGCUUUGUCGUAAUGUAAUAAAAAGCACUGCUGUUUGUGUUUCUCGUGGUUUAUCAGUCCUCCACAAAUACCGUUUUUUUAAAAAUACACGAGAACAUAUUGGACAAGCAGAACUCAAUUACGCAAUGUUGUUGCAUACAAAGCAAGCACUUCGUGAUCAAAGAGGAGCGAGAACCCAAUGGGAGAUCUUGCUAUAGCACCAAAUGUGACUGUUGUGUCUCACUGUAAAUUUGUCCACAGUACCAUCUUGAAUGAAUACUCCAUCGCUUUGACCUUAAACUUAUUGUAAUCUCUAUGUAGAACAUUUGUGUGAUUACCACAAACGACCAAUUUGAGCAAGUGAGAAAAGAUUACAUUUACUUACAUUACAAACUUGCUUGAAAACUGACUGAUAAGGGAAGUCUCAGGGCAGCUGUUAGCUGUUGGAGUGUCAGUAAAUGUUUAUAGCAAUCAUACUUCUGUAGAAUGUGCUCUAUAGCUAUACAAAUGGUCCUUUUUCCAUUUGGGGGAUAGUGGUUUUUCUGGGGUUUCUUUGUUUUUUGUGCAAGACUUUAAUUGUUUGUUUCUAAAAUAAUGGGUCAACUGACAGUAUAAUAUUGAUACCAUGAUAAAUGAUUUCUGAGAAUGUCACUAUUACUUUCAUAAUAUGACCUUGGCAUGGGUGUGGGUGCCAGAUAGGUUGGUUUUAAUUAUUUUGUAAAGCUCAUAUGCUGGGAUUUUCCCAGAACAGUCUCUAGAGUUCACACAGAAUCAUGCGGAAAACAUAAAACAACCAGCGAGCAGCAGUUCUGCAGGCGGAAAUACCUUGUUGUUGAGGGAGGCCAGAGAAAAAAGGGCCAGACUAGUUUUAGCUGAAAGGGAAUCUAUGCUAAUGCAAAAACAACUCUGUACAACCGUGGUGAGCAGGAAAGCAUCUCCAGAAUGCACAAUAUGUCAAACUUUGACUCAAAUGUUCUGACCGUUCUCCUCAAUAAGGUGUUUCUUUUCAAACUUUUUUUUUUUUUUAAUGGAGUAAUUAUGGAUUGUUUUUAUAGUUAAAUUGCAAAAUAGACUUAAAUAUUCUUCGUUUUGCAAUCGUUCUGUGAUCGGUGCACGUAGACUACACAUCCGAUUGUUAGAGAUUACAACAACAACAACAAAAAAAUUCAUUUGAAUGAGGUGGGACAAGCAUAAAUGUCUCAAUGUGUAACGUUAAACAUGUUUUUUCUUUUCCUCGUUUGUUAGUAAGGCUGUUUUUUUUUUUUUGUUUGUUUAAAAAAAAAAAAGGAGCUCGCCCUUUUGGUGAGGGCGUGUGCCAUGCCGAUAGGUGGAGACCGAUCAUGCCGAAGAGGUUAGCCGUGUUUUGGCGGAACCUCCUACGUCUUUAAUAUAAUGAGAUGUCGGAAAGCAUUUGUACAAUAAUUACAGCCCCCUCCUCCUCCUGUUCUUUGUGUGCACACACUCAAACACUUCAAACACAGGCUUUGUUUCUGCAACAGACAAUAUUCAUAGCCUUCAGGGCCAUGGCGGAACUUCGUUUAAACAGUCAUUUGGAUUCAGUACUUUUGUUAAAGUGUGGAAUAAUGUAAUAACGAGUUGCUAUUUUAAUUCAUAUUCAUACGAGAGAAUCUGCUUUGUUGAGCCAAUAUAAUGUGUAGGUUCAUUAUGAAACCUCUCAUCAUGCACAGUAUUUAGCUUAAAACUUUUAAAUGAGUGAUUGUUCCACUGUUGUAGGGAAGCUACUGUGGAAUUUCUCCAGUGCCAUUUCUUUCUUUCUGCUGCUUGUAUACUGUAUGUGCUUUUAUUCCUUAAUGGGCACCGUAUGUCAUAAAUUAAAAUGAUGACUAUGUAUGUAUAUCUAUAUAAUUACCUUUUUUUGCUGCCAUAAAAUGUAUAUAUAAUGUUAUACCUUGAAUAAAGGCAAUGUUUUGUUUUGGUUUUUUUGCAAAAUGAAUUUUAGCGGUUUAUUUCGUGUUAAAUAUGAAUGAUGUCGAAUCAGUCACAGCACUGUUGAAUAGCCGAUUCUGAUAGGUCAGAAGGCAUUGGUUAAUUUUCUGUAACAGCUGCUCUGAGAGUAGUUCCAGACAUGUGCCAGAUUACAUGUUUAUAUCAAUCAAGCUCGUUCUUAAUACGUGUUCUAUUUAAAAUCACUACUAAAGGUUUUUUUUGUUUGUUUUUUUUUUAAUCAGUGUGUUCAUUAUUCCAGUAUAGGGGAAGAAAGAUGCAGACAUUUAAAAAAUAAUAAUAAUAACAAUAAUUAAAGUAAACGAGUGGUUCUGUGGGUGAAAAGUUUGUGAUGUGCCUUCAUGGUGCGUGCCCUCACAUUAUUUUCUCUCUACUCUUAAAGGAUUCAGUAAACACAUUGUACCCUCAGACUAGUAAGACACACCAGCCCUCGUUUGUACCACAGAUUCUCAAAUCAGGCUGUUAACAUGGUCCUUUAACAGCUACAUGGUCCUGCUGGGAUGCUGCCAGUGACCCAUGACUGGCUGGUUUGCAUCUGUGUCUGUGCGAGUGUGUGGCAGGGGGAGGAGAUGUCAAUAAGCACACUGCUUGUUUGACAGUGUUAAACCGCUCAAGUGGAACUAAUGUGGACUCGCACAAAGGGCACAGACAGGCCUUUUACUGCUAUAUUAAUUAAACCUCUACUCAACACCAGACCCACAACCAGAGAGAAGUGUCAGGGGAGUGUGGGUGUGGGUGUGUUGUAUAUAUUAUGUACAUAGGUCAUGCUAAUACUUCAACUUGAAAAAUAAGCAGACAUCAGUGUUUAGGGCCCAGGAUUGAUGGGGAACUGUUAACAGGCCACCGUACAAAAAGGGAUUCUAUGAAUAGUUCAGGGUCCUUUAUUUCGAAUCCUCUUUGAAAGAACCUUUAAGAGUUCCCCCAAAGG